AUGACGUUGCUAGGACUCCCACUCGAGCUACUUCAACGCAUCAUCAAAGAGACCAUCCCCGAGUCCAUCGAGAAUGUCGCAGUCACAUGCACCUCCUUGCAUAAUGCAAGCAAAAUCUAUCUAGACGAGCACAAACGCCUCCGAAAGAGAUACAAACACUUUUCUUACUCAAAAUACACCUUGUUAUCGCAGAGAGGGCCGAGGCACACCUGGAAGGGGCAUUGGGACCCUGUCACCCAGGAGACUGGCAUUGAAGUUCAGGGUGCCACCGAACUCAUCCAGGAAAUCGUCCGCAACCCAGUGAUUCCUCGAUAUAUCGAAACGGCCGACCUGAAGGGUAACGUGGGGAUGACGGAUGCCCCUGAUGACCUGGUUGAUGAAAACCCGGCGCUCCAUCCGAUUUUCCCGCGCAUCAAGAAUGAAGAUCUCAUCGACAAAGUUCGGAAUCUUUUGAAUGACUCGCACUAUCUGGCGGAGGCUGGUGUAGAUUCGGAGGCUUGGCUUUCGGGGAUGCUCGACGAUACGUCCGGACAUGCCGAGGUGUUGCUGUUGACGCUUCUCACCAACGUGCGUGAGCUUGCGCUGCCACAAAGUUGGGACCACCUCCCCGGCCGAAAUUCAGAACAUCUUCGCUAUGGAGAAGAGACACCACGCUCCGAUCGGAAGAUCAUCUGGCCGGUCUUGGAUGCUCUUGUGCGACGUGCAAACGACCCGACGAUUGCAGAAGCAGGUCUAUCCAAGUUGGAAGUUUACAGACCGUUUGCGGGAACUGGGUAUGAAUGCAGGAACGAGAUGACGGUCAACACCCCUUUCUUGGCUAUUAAAUCCGUUCGCGAGGCUUACAUUGGUGGCUGUAUUGCACUCGAUGACGGAUACACUGGAAUGCCAUUCGAUCCCGAAUACCCAGAGUACAGUCCACGCCUUGAGAGACUGGAGCUCGUGGGGUGCACCUUCGGGCCAGAAGAGAUGCGCGAAUUGCUUUCGCGCUUGCCGAACUUGAAGUGCUUGCACUUUGCGUACGAGACGAAGUGGCACGGGUGUGGCCACAACCUUGACGCUGGCGCGAUGAUGAACGCAAUCAUGGAAUGCACUGGUGAGACCUUGGAGGAGCUAUCCAUGUGGAUGAUGGUUCAUUAUGGCACCGCCGGCCGAACACUAGUCGAUAUGAAGGGCUUCAAACGACUCAAGUCACUACACAUUGAUGGUCUCACCUUGAUGGGACCAGAAUUCGACAAGGUCAACGAGGAGUAUGAAGUCGCAGAUGCCCCUGACGUUUGCCCGUUGGACGAGAUGGCGGCGCCGCGAGCCCUCGAUUUACUGCCGCCAUCCCUUGAGAAGUUCCAUUUUCAGACCGAACCGGUGGGAGAUCAUAGCAGAGAUUCCUCUGACCAGCUGAAGAAAUGCCUGGCAGCCUUGUUUGACGGCUUUGAGGAAGGGAGGGGGGAGAGAUUGCCAAACUUGCAAGAAAUUGUCGUUGAAGUCGUUCAAGAUGACAUGAAUCAGGAGAUGAAAGAGCAACUGGAAGGUAAAGGAGCUCAAGUGGUACUCAGUCCUGCAAAGGCGGAUCCCGACUUCGUGACAGACUUUUACCGCCGGUUCGGGGUCGGGAUUGUGCAUUGA